AUGACUGGCCGACCGACCACCGCUCGAAGCGAGAUCUCCUCGGCAAUUUCCGAGGAUGGCUAUACCUCAAGACCUCAAUCUGGUAUCACCAACCUACCUGCUUUACCAAACCCUCCCACAUCGCAGCAUGGAUUUGCUCACUUGAGGGGCAUAACACAACCUACAAAUCGGUCAAUGAGAAGUGGUCCAGGGACGGAGAGCAAUGCCGGCUCAAGCCGCCCACAGAGCCCUGUCAGUCAGGCUAGCCGUACACAUGUGCCUUCCCUAACGGCCUCCGGCUUCUUUAAGCCCAUGAGUUCUCAAAGACUGCAGGCCCAGAGACUUAGAAGGCCUUUGGGAGGGAAACCAGUUCAAGCGCCAACCCCAAUUCCAGACGGCGAGGAUGAAGAGGAGGACGACACGCGCAGCUUGGCUUCCAGUCGUCAAGGCCCUUUCCAUGCCAUGCCACGCAGUCACCGUCAUAUUCCAUCUAUUGCAACUAGCUACACUCAAUCUGAGGCACCUGAUGGGCUUGAUGUGCACUUCGCAGACUUUGGUUCCCAGAACGAGGGCGAUAGCCAGCUGGUUGCAGCAGCCUCUCCACCAGAGUCGCAAAAGCCGCCACGACCUUCUAGGCUCAAUAUCUCCAGCACGCACAAAGCAGGCGAUCCACCUCAAAAGUCACCACUAUCAUUCAGGUCUGGCUUGAGUCUCGGCAGUAAAAAUCGACUAGAUACUUCUGGCCAUCAACAACUUCCUUCGACCACCACAUCACCACGAUUCCCUCCAGGCUCCAAUACCGAAGUUGCGAUCAAGAGCGCUCUUGGUAAGAACUACGAGUACUUUGAGGGCAAUACAAUCUUCUGGUGGGGCGGCCGACUUCAAAAUGCUCGGGAUCGGCCUAUCAACAUAGCCACUGGGGUUGUGCUGGUCGUGCCUGCUGUCUUGUUUUUCGUGUAUUCGUAA